UGAAUAAUAUUAAGUGAGACUAUUAAUUGAAAUAAUAAUAAGAAAAAAAAUAAAAUAAGAAAAAUCUUAGGUGUUUGUCUGCUAAUAAUCCUAUUAUUUACUUAUUUACAAUUUCUUUAUAUAAAAGAAAUAGCAUCACAACAGAUUAAAGUCUACUGUACAAUUAUCGGAAUUUUGCGAAUCGGAUCACACGAGAUUUAAGUGCGCUAUACGGAUAAAACAUUUGUCAGAAUUCCUACUAAUUGUUAAAUCUUUCAGCUUGUUAAACCGUCACCAGGUUUUGGACUACACUCCUGUUCUGAAGAUUAGUCAACAGUUUCCUUAUUUACAACUUGUAGCUUCUGUUGCACUGCUUUACAACCAGAUACGUGCGUUCAUCAUAUAAAGCGUUUCAGAUUACGCAUAAAGCCAUGGCAUCUAAAACAUACGAAAUCAACGAAAACUUGGAAAAGAUCGUUAAGGAUUGUCCAUUAAUCCCAGAUAUGCUUUAUGUGCAGUGUCCUUAUGAUCGCACACAUCUAAUCUUGCGCAAACGGUUCCAAACUCACCUUUUAAGGUGCAGUGCAAAUUAUAAAAAUAUGUCAAAAGUUAAAUGUCCGUUUAAUGUCACUCACAUUAUUAAUAAGCCUGAGUUGGAGUGGCAUCUACAGACUUGCAAGGACCGUCGCAAGUAUGAAGAAAUGAAGCAUUCAACAAGUCAAAAGUUCAAUACUAUAGCACCACAGUUUAUCCCAAUUGACACAGAAACUUCAUGGGACGACGAACCUGUAGUGAAAGCAUACAACCCUCAGAACUACAUAAUGAAAGCACCCAUAUAUCGAUAUUUACAAGGUGCGACUCCAACUCUUAAAAACGAGUUUCGCAUAAAGGAAAUAAAACGAAUGAGAACUCUUAAAGCAGAAUUAGGUCUGUCAGAACCGAUAAAAACUAGUUUCACGACUUCUGAUUCACAAUAAGACGUUUCUCAUUCUUGUACAUAUUUUUUUUUUCUAGUUUACUUUAAUAUUAAUAUAGUUUUAACAUUUUUAUGUAUUACAUUCAAUAUGAAAUGUAAUGAACAUAACUUAAUAUUGUACAUACAUUAUAAAAAGAAUUGUUCAGUUCUAUAAGUAAGGAUUUUAAUUUCGUCAGUCAAUGAGGGUUGUUGCUUUCACCAAGAGGUUUUACUAACAGCGAAAUAUACAUGCUUUUUGUAUGUCUUUUGAAAACAAAAUUUGCAGAAUACAAUUAACAAAGAAAUCAUACGAGGUCUGCAUAAUGUCAAUACAAGAACAAUUGCUUAGUUUAUCGAUCAAAGUCUUCAAUCCUGUUCUGUGGCAAAAGCUGGAGAUUUACGAACUUUGUCAGUUGAAAACAAUAAUCACUUGUUGAGAUAUUUCAUUGCAAAUGUUUAUAGGAUUGAAGUGGACCACGAAUGUCUGUCUUUAAAAGUGUAGGAUUCCACAAAACUUUAGAACAACCUCACCUCACACACAAAGACUAGAUGUGGAUGUAAAAACAAGUGCUUUGCUCAUUGACCAAUGUCUACAAUUCUGUUCUGUGGCGAAAGCUGGAGAUUUACAAACAUUAUCGCUUGAAAACAAUUAUGACUUGUUGAGAUAUUUUAUUGUCUAUAGGUCUACAUUUCUGUUCUGUGGCGAAACCUGGAGAUUUACGAACAUAAUCGCUUGAAAGCAAUUAUGACUUGUUGAGUUAUUUUAUUGUCAAUGUUUAUAGCAUUGCGCUUGACCACAAAUGCUGCCUUGAAUAUAGGAACAACUGCUUAGCUUAUCGACCUAGGUCUACAAUUCUGUUCUGUGGCGAAAGCUGGAGAUUUACGAACAUUAACGGUUAAAAGCAAUUAUGACUUGUUGAGAUAUUUUAUUGUAAACGCCUUGAAUAGUGCUGAAUUCCACAAAACUUUAGAACAACCUCACCUCACACACAAAGACUAGAUGUGGAUGUAAAAACAACUGCUUUGCUCAUCCACCAAUGUUUACAAUCUUGUUCUGUGGCGUAAGCUGGAGAUUUAACUUUAGAACAACCUUACCUAUGGUGCGU